AUGAAGCGCAAGGCCGACGAGUCAUCCGGUGGCGCCGACAUUGCGGCGUGCUUUGGAGCAAAGCCGAUCCCACCCAAUUCAAAACUGGCAUCCGUGGUCAAGUGCAAUGUUCGCGCCAUGUGGGACCUGCGCAAUUCUUCCGCCGUCGAAUACAAUCCGGCACCCAAUCCGGUGUCUCUCUCUUUAGAGUCUUUGGCCACCAUCACACCCGACGAGUACGUGGUGGCAGAAAAGACCGAUGGCACGCGUUAUAGUCUUGUCCUGUGCACCGAUCCACAUGACAACGAAAAGCCGGUGGCCGUCCUGAUGGACAGGGCCUGUAACAAGUGGACCGUGCCCAUCAGGGCGCCACGAUAUCUCUUUGUCGAGUGUUCCCUUUUCGACGGUGAGAUGGUGCGACGCGUCUCCCAACCCGACAAGUGGGACUAUUACGUCUUUGACGCCGUCUAUGUCGGAGGCAGGCCGCAGAGGAAUGUCGACUCGCUGUGGACCAUCAUUCCCAGUCUUGAUCAUGCGUCCGACGGACUCGUGUUUACACCCCUCUCGGACCGCAUAUCCAACAACACCAAUUGGAGACAAUUCAAAUGGAAGUCACGGCAUACCAUCGAUCUCACUCUGCGCAUGAAAUCCGUAAAGGACGGCGUGCAAAAGGGCCUAUAUUACGUCGAGGCGCUCUAUCCCGAAAAACCCGUGUACAAAAAUGUAUUUAGCGGUGUUCAGUACGAUGGUCGUGUGGUCACAUUCGGACUCAGGUCCACGCCCAUUGUCAAGCAACUCGAACAAGAGGCCGUUGAAAAAGGAGAAUCGUCAGCCAUCGUGGAAUGCAAGGGCAGAUUCACAUCGGACGAUUACUCUAGAGACUCUGCUCAACAUCGAAGAGAACAUUACCAUUGA